CCGCUCGGAGCCGCCGGCGCGCAGGAGCCGCAGCCGGGUCGCGAAACUUUGCGUGGGGGUUGCGGCUGCCCUCACGGCCCCGCGGCUGCCGGGGGACGCGCCUCGGCCUCCCCGGGGUGAGCGGGACGGGGCUGGAGCGGGACAGCGGCAGCGAGGGGACGGGGACAGGCAGGGCUGGACUGGCACAGCGAUGCGCGCCCCGCAACCUGUGCAGGGAUAAGUUUUAUAUUUGACAUUGAGCUAUUUCUGAGAGUUUAAGGUGAUGCUGUCUGAAAAUACGGCGGUUUAUUUCUUGAACAAACUUCGCUUAAAUGCUGGUGGGUUUUUGCAUGUGCUGCUUUCCUGCGUGUUCCUAUUCCACGAUUAUUCUCCCAUCAAAUGCCUGCAGGAUGUAUUUCUAGCCCUCGGUGGCCCUGUACACCUGACCCAUCAAAUUCCCAUUGAAACGAUUGGUAUAAGCGAAGUGAUGUUAAUUUUGGUGUGAUAGGAAACAUUUAUUGACACAAAGGUGCAAUUCCAGAAGAAUCCAGAGUUUGAGGUAGUGAGGGCUGACUCAGAGCCUGCUGUAUGUGUGUGAUGUGUCCUGGCCUCCCUGAGUUCCAGCUGGGGAAGCAGAUUCUCUUUCAGUUUUGAAAACUGCUUCCUGUCUGAAGCAAUUCGGUUGAGGUGCUUAGUACAUAAUGGUUGUGGGGUAAGAGAAAUUAAAAUAUAACAGCACAUACAGGCCUAGUCAGGCUGGUCAGAUGAAAAUCCUGUGAUGCCAGAGCAGCCUGGCUUCAAAUGGGAAAACAGUUUGUAGCUGAUUCUCUAGAAUCCUUUAAGAAAUAACUUCAGGAGGAAGAAGAUGUAAUUUUUAUUUCCUUUGGUCAGAACAGAGGGCAGCGUUGCUGUGUGUGUUUGCAGAACUUGUCAAUACCAAGGGAGGAAAAUGGGUAAAUAUAGUUGUCAUUUAAUCUCUUGCAGGAGGUCAGUGCCUGCACUUCCUUCAGACUAAUUAGCAUGGGAUUAAUGGAUCAUCUCUCGUAUCCAAAUACGCACAGCAAACUUUGAUUGCCCUCAAUGAUUCACGCUUGUCAAGACAGCUGUAGUUUUUUUAAACAACAAACUGUAACUUUUUUUAAACACUAACUGUACCCCACUGACCGUGACAGAGCAUGAUCCCUCAGGCGGGUGUGGAGCCAGGAACGUGUCCUGUGGGUGUGUGUCCCCAGCAGCCCCCUGCCACUGCAGCUCUGCAGAGCUGACAUGGCAUUGGCUCCAGCUGCUUACAUGCUCUGUGUUCCUUCUGCUUAAAAAUAUUCCAGGGCUGGUGUCCGUAGGUUGGUAAUUUCAUUUACUAAUGCAGUAGCCAGUGGAUAGCUUUUAAAUCCUGGGAUUUGGUCCUGUGUUUAGUUUAUGGUUGUGUUAAAAGUUUAUUGUGUACCCAAAUGGAAGUCACCUACCUCUCCUUUCUCCUGGUACAAACUCUGAGAUUUUGUCUUACAUGGGUGCUGUCAGGUUAUAAUGCUAAAUUUGCCCUAAGUUUUAUGAUAGGUUUAUUAUUGCAUUCUAGUGAGAGUGCUUGCCCUCUCCUUUGCUGCUCUACAACAGAGGGAAGACACUUUGAUCACGCUGAGCCUUGCUCAGAUAUAGACAAACCCAUGAAAAUAUACCAAUGUCAUUUGCUUUAUGUGCAGUGUCAGCUGAGGCUCUGAUCGAUUUAAAAAAUAGUCGGUUUAAUCUCGUUAACAUGGUAUCUCAGAUCUUAACACUUUGAGGAGGGUAACUAAAGGCUUCCCCAGUGACCAGCUUGCAUGUGAGUAAUGCUUCCAGGCCUCUAAUAAUUUCCUCCUUAGAUCUGUUCCUGAAGCUCUUCUUUUGUCCCAAUAAAAUAUCUCUUCCAUGUCUGUGGGAGUCCAUACCUGUCUAAUGCUUUCUCCCUUAUCUUUCUACUUAGACGAAAGCCUAAACCUUUCCUCACUCCUGUCCUUCUGUUGGAAUUUUAAAUUGGAUCAUUGAUGUCUGAACUUUAAACCUGUAAUGAAAACAAUGACAAAAUGUGACUUUUGGGGCUGUUGGUUUGUUCUAGAAAUGGAGGUAGGGUUGUAUUUAUCUUUGCAUUACGUGAAAAUACAUAAUAUCUGUAUGGUUGCUUUCCCUCUCAGGACUCUGUGAUGUUCUUAACCAUGUUCAUGAAUAAAUGACACUAAAAUUUUAACAAUUAUUUAUGGCACCUACCUAUACAUGCUUUAGGUUUUUUACCUUGGAGUUCUGAGCAGCUGGAAGGCUGAGCCUCUUUGAACGCCUCUGUUUGCAGCCUCAAAAAGCUCAGCAUUUCUUGCUGCCCAGUCCAAUGGUGCAUGGAGUGAGCCAUCACGUCUCACACACAUUUAUUUAUUUGACUUUCCUAGGGCCCCCCACCAGCCUUUUCCAGCCACCCCGUCGCCCAGGCCUGGGCACUGUUGGGAAACCCAUCCGGCUCCUGGCCAACCACUUCCAGGUUCAGAUCCCCAAGAUUGAUGUUUAUCACUAUGAUGUAGAUAUCAAACCAGAGAAACGCCCCCGGAGAGUCAACAGGGAGGUGGUGGACACGAUGGUGAGGCACUUCAAGAUGCAGAUUUUUGGGGAUCGGCAGCCUGGGUACGAUGGGAAGCGGAACAUGUACACAGCACACCCCUUACCCAUUGGCAGGGACAGAGUGGAUAUGGAGGUUACACUUCCAGGAGAGGGGAAGGACCAGACAUUUAAGGUUUCCAUUCAGUGGGUGUCAGUCGUCAGCCUUCAGAUGCUGCUGGAAGCUCUGGCAGGGCACUUGAAUGAAGUUCCUGAAGAUUCUGUACAGGCACUGGAUGUAAUCACACGGCACCUUCCCUCCAUGAGGUACACCCCUGUGGGUCGCUCCUUUUUCUCCCCUCCUGAAGGUUAUUACCACCCCCUGGGAGGAGGCAGGGAGGUCUGGUUUGGCUUCCACCAGUCAGUCCGGCCUGCCAUGUGGAACAUGAUGCUCAACAUUGAUGUGUCAGCGACUGCUUUCUAUCGUGCCCAGCCUAUCAUUGAGUUCAUGUGUGAGGUCUUGGACAUCCAGAACAUCAGUGAACAAAGCAAACCUCUGACAGACUCCCAGCGUGUCAAGUUUACCAAAGAAAUCAGAGGUCUAAAAGUAGAGGUGACCCACUGUGGCCAGAUGAAGAGAAAAUACCGAGUUUGCAACGUUACCCGGCGGCCAGCCAGCCACCAGACGUUCCCUCUGCAGCUGGAGAAUGGGCAGGCCAUGGAGUGCACAGUAGCUCAGUAUUUUAAGCAGAAGUACAGUCUGCAGCUGAAAUACCCUCACCUGCCCUGUCUCCAGGUGGGACAGGAGCAGAAACACACAUACCUGCCACUGGAGGUGUGUAACAUCGUGGCUGGCCAGAGGUGCAUCAAGAAGCUCACAGACAAUCAGACCUCAACCAUGAUAAAAGCAACAGCCAGGUCUGCCCCAGACAGGCAGGAGGAGAUCAGCAGACUGGUGAAGAGUAACAGUAUGGUUGGUGGGCCUGAUCCGUAUCUGAAGGAGUUUGGAAUUGUUGUCCAUAACGAAAUGACAGAGCUGACAGGCAGAGUUCUGCCAGCCCCAAUGCUGCAGUAUGGAGGCAGGAACAAGACUGUGGCCACACCAAACCAAGGCGUGUGGGACAUGAGAGGGAAACAGUUCUAUGCUGGCAUUGAGAUUAAAGUUUGGGCUGUUGCCUGUUUUGCUCCUCAAAAACAAUGCAGGGAAGACUUGCUGAAGAGUUUCACAGACCAGCUGCGCAAGAUCUCCAAGGACGCCGGGAUGCCGAUCCAGGGCCAGCCCUGCUUCUGCAAGUACGCCCAGGGUGCAGACAGCGUGGAGCCCAUGUUCAAACACUUAAAGCUGACUUAUGUUGGCCUGCAGCUCAUCGUGGUGAUUCUGCCUGGCAAGACGCCUGUGUAUGCUGAAGUCAAGCGGGUUGGAGAUACUCUGCUAGGCAUGGCCACACAGUGUGUUCAGGUAAAGAACGUGGUCAAAACCUCUCCACAAACACUGUCCAACCUGUGUCUGAAGAUCAACGCCAAGCUUGGAGGAAUCAACAAUGUGCUGGUACCUCAUCAAAGGCCCUCAGUGUUCCAGCAGCCAGUGAUCUUUCUGGGAGCAGACGUCACUCACCCUCCCGCCGGGGACGGGAAGAAGCCGUCCAUCGCGGCCGUGGUGGGCAGCAUGGACGGGCACCCCAGCCGCUACUGCGCCACGGUGCGCGUGCAGACCUCGCGCCAGGAGACCUCCCAGGAGCUGCUCUACAGCCAGGAGGUGAUCCAGGACCUCACCAACAUGGUGAGGGAGCUCUUGAUCCAGUUCUACAAAUCCACUCGUUUCAAGCCCACGAGGAUCAUUUACUACAGAGGGGGAGUGUCGGAAGGACAGAUGAAACAGGUAGCUUGGCCAGAGCUGAUCGCCAUCCGGAAGGCCUGCAUUAGUUUGGAAGAAGAUUAUAGACCUGGAAUAACCUACAUUGUUGUGCAGAAAAGGCACCACACCAGGCUGUUCUGUGCCGACAAAACUGAAAGGGUGGGUAAAAGUGGCAACGUACCAGCAGGCACUACUGUGGACAGCACCAUCACACAUCCCUCUGAAUUUGACUUUUACCUCUGUAGCCAUGCAGGAAUUCAGGGAACCAGCCGGCCCUCCCACUACCAGGUGUUGUGGGAUGACAACUGCUUCACAGCAGACGAGCUGCAGCUGCUGACGUACCAGCUGUGCCACACGUACGUGCGCUGCACCCGCUCCGUCUCCAUCCCCGCGCCCGCCUACUACGCCAGGCUGGUGGCCUUUCGGGCCAGGUACCAUCUUGUGGACAAGGAUCACGACAGCGCUGAGGGCAGCCACGUGUCGGGGCAGAGCAACGGCCGCGAUCCGCAGGCGCUGGCCAAGGCCGUGCAGAUCCACCACGACACCCAGCACACCAUGUAUUUCGCUUGAGAGCCCCUGGGAGGAUGAGGCAAAACAACUACCCAUGCAGUCCUGAAGUGUUUGGAAGCCUCCUGCUCUAUCCAGGGCCGGGGGAUUUCGGACUGCCCACUACCAGCAGCUCCGGACAGUCGCACUGAAUCUGUUCUUCACUGCAACGUCUGAUGCACCAACACAAUUGAGCCAUUUGUUUCAUUGUUUUCUGUACUAGAAAUCCAUAGACUUGUCUUUUCUGAUGCAUUGGACUGAAUUUUUACCUCAAAGCGCAAAGGCCGAUCAUCCUGAAAUUUUUCAAGGACUUGGCACGAAAGGUUUCUAUCAAAUCUUUUGCUAGCUGUGGUUUUUUCAGUUCUCCUCAUCCCAUGAGCUGACGGUGACUGCUGCUCUGUCUCCGUGCCCUGCUUCGUGAGUAUGAUGUGAUGGCAAAAUGUUUUAUCCAGCUCGCUGUAAUCCUUCUGUCGUGUGGGGCCAUAGAUUUUUUUAUGGAGAUUUUAGACUUCACUACUGUAAAUGCCUUUUAACAAACAUAACUUUCACAGGUAUUGCAGUUUUUUGUCAGUUUUACUAAUUAUCUUUUUAAUCUCUGCAGACUUGGGCUGCAAAGCAAUUGCACUAUACUGCGAGUUAAUAGGUGGUUCUUGUUCUGUGAAUGUGUAAUAUAACCAAUAGUGAUGCCUGUCAGUAGAUUUUAAUGAUAAUGGUUAUAAAUAAUACUGCCAUGGUAUCGUAACAAGUAUUGAACCAUCAUUUCCCCCCUCUAAAAAUGAUAAAACAAAAAAAAAAAUUUAGCUUUUAGGUAUUUUGCAAACUUUUACAAAAGUGCCCACUUUAUGCUGCUGUGUGGUUUGAUAAAUCUAAGUGAUUUUAAAACUUUUUUCUCAUAGAAGGUUUAACUUUGGCAAUAAAUCUUUGUUUUUUAAGCCCCCCCAAACAGUGUAAUUUUCUAGCUGAGGAUUGUGCAUGAGUUUAACCAACAUUCUCGUGUCGUUUUCUGAACACACAAUUUGGCAGUUUCUGAAACAAAUUAGAAAAGACACAUUUCCAUGCUUUUUUUAAGAAUUAUUUUUAACUGUUUUAUAUUCACUGUUGGUGUCCUGUCUACAACAUUUUUUAUAAGCUUGGAAACUGGGUGUUCCGUGUAGGAAAGGCCAACGUGUGCAGUUGAAAUGUAUUGUGUGACAGGCAACCUGAGGACUUGUACCAGCAUUUUGAACUGUUUUUUUCCUGGGAAUCUGGGUUGCCCACACAAUUGCAUUUACAGCAUGUUGAACCCGUGUGAGUCUCAAAUGCUGAUUCUGUCCCAGCCUAGAAAUUAGGGUUUUUAAUCUGCUUGGCUUUUUUCAGCUGCAACCUGUAAUCCAGAACAGGGACCUUGUUUCCCUGGUAUUCCUGUAAUCCAUGAACGUAGUAAUUUAAGACUAGAUUCCUUAUUGUAUACCUGAGUUAGUGCAGAUUAAAGCUUAUUCCUAAACUGAGGAGGAGUUUGAGGAGCCCAAGGAUUGCACUGUGGUCUCUGAUACUUGUGUGGGGUUUGCUGCUAAGUUGUCUGCUGUCCCAAAGCUUAGGAACCAGCCCCCUCCAAAUUUCAGCAAUAGGAAAUGCUGUUUCCUUCAGUCUUUAAGCUUGUAAAUAAAUGAAAGUUUACAUUUCUAAAUGCUGUUGUUUUCAGUUGUACCAGAGUACACUGAACAUCUUCAAACAGUUUUAUAACCUCCUUGCCAGUAGUACGUCUCAUAAAUUAAGUUUAACCUCUUUUCAUUUCUGUUCAAAAUGGGACUGAAGUGAACCCUGCUCCUGGCACGUGCCAGGACAGGUUUAGAUUGAAAAAACAAAAAAGAUUCUUUUACGUUUUUUAACUUUUAUUUUAAAGAAUACCUCACUUGUGUAACAAAAUCAGGACAUGUGGGUGGGAGACUGACCGCUGCUUUUCUCAGUACUCGUUCAGGGAGAAGACACAAAAACCCUUUUUAGAGUGAACUCUGACUGACCCAACACACACGGAGAACUUUGGCACCUUGAAAAGCACCUGAGCACCUGUUGGAGGUGGUAGGAUCCAAGAUCCCUGAUUUGAGUUUGUGCACUAGGAAUGGGGCUGGUUUAACAAGGGUGCAUAAAAAAUGAACUUUUAUCACCAAUUAGUUGUCCAGUGCCAAGCACUCCUGGUUGAGACUGAGGGAAGGGAGAGCCUCUCCUUGGUUUGCCUGUGACUGGAUAUUUGACCUCAGACCAGGUGGAGCAUCAGCCCCUGGUGAGCCCUGGGCCAGCACCUGAGUCGGGCUGGUGUGAGCCCACCCCGGGCACAGGGCUGGAGUUUUGGGGGGAAAGCACUGAAGUUCAGGAUCCAAGUUGCAGCAGUGCUGCCCUAGGCAGGUCUGAGCCCAAGUCUGGAGGACUUGAGGACCUGAGUGAGCCCUGUGGGCCUGAGUGACUCGUUCUGCAUGUGUCAAUCAAUGGGAAGAUGUGCAUUCUUGUAGCUGUAGUUUUAGGGUGUUUUGAUUUUUGUUUUUUGGGGUUUUUUUAUAAAUAAAGCCUGUUGGCCACUGUUUAGCUCUGUGGUGUGAAAGAUUUUAAAUGUAGCAAAGUUCAAAGAGUUGGGAUGGGGGUGGUUGAUAUAUAUUAAAAAAAAUAUUAAAAAAAAAGGGGGGGAGGGGGCAGAAAUCCUGUUUUCCACCCGGUUCUGCUUGCUUUGUCCCUGCUGAGCUCUGAACAAGCUCUGGCAAUCCCAAGUUAGCCUGUCUCCAGCAGUCUGGCUCUUGUAUUGCUGGGAGCUCCCCAGGCACCCGGAGCUCCAUCCAGAGGGAGCCGAGGUCGGUGCAGGGGCUGUCCUGUGCCCCCCUCUCGCUGCCCUUGGGAUGGGGCAGGGCCAUGGAUCAGAGCUGGCAUCUGACAGCCCCGACCCCUUUGUGGAUGUGCUGUAGGAGUUUUCUUGCUCAAUAGCGAGGGCGUGACUCUGCUUUCAUUUUCAGAAGGCAGGGCCAGAGGGCAUUGGAUCCAUCCCGAUCCCGAUCCACUGCGAGGCUCUUUCCCUGUGCACUGGAGGAAAGAUCUUGCACUGAAUAUCACUUACAGAUUUUCUUAGACCUUGCUAUUGACAUUUUCAUAUUUCUAUGUCUAGAGGCUGCAAUUUCAAUGUAAAAUGUUUGCAUUUGUUCAGUUUGACUUCUGAUGUAAUUUUUUGGUUUCUAUAUUGUUAGACUUGUAAUGUUUCAAAUGGUAUUUUAUUAACUUUGGACUGGAUGUAUGUCUCUAGCAAUACGAGGUACUUUCUAAACUGUCCUGGGGCUCACAGCCCCGUGUCGAGAUAAGAUGCUGGUCGUGUACAAUUGCAUUGUAUUUUUUUUUUUAGCCUGCAGGGAUAUUUUGUGUUCAUGUGUCCAAAAAAAAUAAUAAUAAUAAAAAAAAAUUGGCAUUCUCGUGCCAAAUGUUCUGUUUUUCCUUAUUGCUGUCCAAUAAAUGCAAUGUACAGAGUGAGCAACCAAUACUGUUGCCUGUAAACAAAUGUCUUAAACUAUUUAACUUUUAAUUAAAACUUGUACACAACGUG